AAGAUGUUUUGCAAGUUCUGUAGCUAACCUUUGCACAUAGUAAACUUGGCUAGCUAGCUACUUAGCGAGCAGACUAGCUACUUACUAUAGUUGGUUUGCUAGCUAGCUUUUUAUUUGCCUUGUUUCGCUAUAUAUCCGAAUAUGGCUGUGUAGCUAGUUAACUUAGUUCAACCAGAACUUUGGUUGUUUAGCUGAGGAUCACCCACAGUAGUGGCUACUGGAUUAGUCUGUUGUGUCAUUUUAUUUGGACGUUUUCAUUUCAGGUGUUGGAUUAAUGGUUGACCUGUUCUAGUUGGAGGCUCUGUGGUCAAACGUCUCAGGGAGGAGGAGAUGCAUCGUGUUCUGUCCCAGGGUGCAUUGCGGCAGAUGGCCUACGUGCGGCCUGUGGUCGUGGGCCUGUCGGUGUGUGAGGCUCGCCUGGCCGUGUCGGUGUGUAUUGUAGGCCGCCUGCCCCCCGGGCCCGGCCAGCGCUGGGUCAGUACCUCAGCCUUUAACAGGGCAGUAGAACAGCCCAAGCUCCGGCCGGAGGACCAGGACCCACCCAGCCAUCCCCUCAGCCUGGCUGGAACAGAGCCCGUCUAUGGGGCAGACUCCUCCAAGCUGCCUGUGGAGGCCCCACCGGAGGCUCCAGAGAUAGACCCUCUGCAGGACAAGUCCAUUGGUCUGGUCCAGAGGUUCAAGAAGACCUUCAAGCAGUAUGGGAAGGUGAUGAUACCUGUCCAUCUCCUGACCUCCAGCGUCUGGUUCGGGACCUUCUACUACGCUGCUAUGCAGGGAGUGAAUGUGGUGCACUCGCAUUAA